UUAAAAUGAUCUCCGCCAUGUAAAAUGAAAAAAAAAAAAUUGAAAAUUGAAUUCCAUGGAAGGCCGUCUAUGACGAUGAUUUUGUUGCUGCUCUUCCACUUCUCUUACGCCCUCUCUUCUUCUUCUUCUUCUUCCAAUUCCUUCUGAGAAGAAUACCAAUGGGGGAAGAUUUGCGUAAACGUAACACUGAUUGCGUCUAUUUCUUGGCUUCACCUCUUACCUGCAAGAAGGUCAGCUUUUCAUGCUUAAUAAAUAAUAAUCGUACCUCUUUUCACGUUACAAUUCCUUCUCGAUGUGAACACCGGGGAAUUUGGCUCAUGCUUCCGUUAUCUUAUCACUACUGUGAGGAUCUUGCUCUGCAUUUGAAGGAUUUUUUGUUGCAUUCCCUCGAAAUGCAUCGGCGUGAUUAUGUGUUUGAAUUUACGCUGUCGAUCAUUAGAUUUCUCGGUUUUAAUGUGGAAUCAGCUUUUCGUGUUUAUGUUUAUGUAAUGAAUAUGGCAACUAUUUUUUUUCAGGGUUUUGAUUGUGAGUAUCGGCACAGCGAGAUUGCUAGGGUGAACCCUAGAGAUUGUUACUACUGGCUGGCGGGAAACUGCUUGAAUGCAGCAUGUGGUUUUCGGCAUCCGCCAAUGGAUAGUCCUGCUGGAACAGUGUUAGAAUCUUCUCUAUGUUCUGUACCUGUGAACAAGACAAUCAUUCCCUGUUAUUUUUAUUUCAAUGGCUGCUGCAGUAAAGGUGAUACAUGCUCUUUUUUGCAUGCCAAUGAUAUUUCUCUUGCUACAAGAUCUACAAAGACAGUAUUUCCUAGCGGCAACGCGUCGUCCUCUGAAGAUAAAACGGCUUCCGGGAACAAAAAAGGACUAGACUCUACCGACGCAGAUGCAUUUCUUCAUCCAUCGAAAAAAGUAGCUUGUCCGAAAAUUGAUGUUACAUUUCAAUGCUCGAGUCUCGGUCAACCUUCUGAAAAUGUAUCACAUCAAAGUGCCUCUGCAAAGAUCUUGUUGCUUGAGUGUGAAAAAGUGGCUGUUGAUGAGCUUCUCUCCUCGUCUCCAGCUGUGGGAUCUAAUGACAGUACAUCUCAUGUACAUGCUGUUGCAGAUCAGAGAUAUGAGGAGCCGAUGACGGACAGUACUGAGGAAGGCAACCUAUCCCCUGGCUUUGACGUCGUCGUAGGUGAUGGGUCGGGGAAUUUGGCUAGCCACGAUGAUCCAGAGUACGUCCUGUCAACGAAUCUGGAACAAAGAGAACUGGAUACUGGAUUGUGCAGGGAAAACUUUGAAGACCAUAUUGCCUAUGAGUCAAUGCAUUCUGAUUUAGAACUUCUUUAUGAACAUGAGAUGCACUCAUACAACCACUUAGAGACCGAACCUGUUCUUUUCAAUGACAGAAACAUCAUCAGCUGUCCGAGACGGAAACUCAUCAAGUCCAUGUUUUCUCAAAAGAAAAGGCUCACGCUCGUGAAUCUAGAUUCGGAGGAAUGGAAUCAUGCCGAUCUUCGAAGCUAUCUGCAGAGAGACAGCGUUUCUGGUAAUCGUUCGAUUGUUAGUUUAUCAAGGAGAAGAAAUGGAUUGUCAUGUCGAAUGAGUGGAAACUUUGUGAAACCUCGGAAGCCUGGUUUGUAUCAACCACCCCUUGGAAGAAGACUGGCAUUACAGGUCGGGAAGAUUUCUAGAGGAUCACCUCCAGAAAACAUAACCUUUUCAAAUGGUUUUAGUCAAUAUGGAUCAUUUAGACACUCGAGACAACACAGACCCUGCGGGCACUACGACGAAUACGCUCCGACCAGACCACAGCAAACAUUGUUAGACAUGUCAAGAAAAUCCAUCUUGAGGGAACCUGUCGUAAGGGAUCGUGGAUUCAAUCUGAAGUCUGUUCCAUUCAAAGGACCGAAAACCCUUUCGCAGAUCAAGGAAGAGAAACGAAAAGUAGAAGAAAAUGGAGGAUUCUCGAUCGAAAAACGUCGUUCGAUUGGAGCUGCAUCAUCCUCAGCUGACUUUAGAGGGCCAAAAGCUUUGAGUGAUAUCCUGAAAGACAAAAGGAAGGUGGAGGAGGAGGAGCUGGUGAAGGAAAUGAAUAGACAUCAUAUAUUGCUUUAGUUAGUGUUAGCUGAAACAGAAGCUCAACUUGAGUGUCUAUGGCGGCUUUGCCAUUCUUUUAACGGUCUUCAUUCAGUAUUUGAGUGUAUGCGUCUGAUCCUUAAACUUCCAUAUUCAGUUUACCAGAAAAAUCAGUUUACAAGAA